GGCAGCCUAUGACAUCAGCCAGGAACGCCUGGGAUGCCGCGGCUUCUGGCAGGCCUCAGGGGAGGAGGGUCUUGCCGGCUAAGAGUUAAUUAGCCCCGCAGAGCGAGGGGGGAGGCGCCAGUUUUCUGGGGACACUGGCUGCCACUGUAUGUUCUCCUACCCAGGGGAGCUCACAGAGAGUUGGAUGAAUUCUGGGUUGUUAACUGCGGUCAGCUGGGCUCCCGGGAGCCUGUUCCUGGUGGAAAACAGGGGGCAUCUGGCAAAGGGACCAGCGGCUUGCUGAGACGCACCAUGACACUUCUGGGGUCUGAGCAUUCCUUGCUGAUUAGAAGCAAGUUCAGAUCAGUUUUACAGUUACGACUUCAACGGAGAAGGACCCAGGAACAACUGGCUAACCAAGGCUUACUACCACCACUGAAAACUCCAGCUGCAUUCCAUGAGCACAGAAAACAUCUGGAUAGUACCAAGACUGAAGAUUCCCUUAGGCGAAAGAGCAGGAACAGGUCUGGCCGUGCUGACUUGGUUAAUAUGCACAUACUCCAAGCCUCCACCACGGAGAGGUCCAUUCCAAGUGCUCAGAUGAAGCUGAAAAGAGCCCGCCUUGCCGAUGACCUCAAUGAAAAGAUUGCUCUCCGACCAGGGCCUCUGGAACUGGUGGAAAAGAACAUCCUUCCUGUGGAUUCUGCUGUGAAAGAAGCCAUAAAAGGCAACCAGGUGAGUUUCUCCAAGUCCACGGAUGCCUUUGCCUUUGAAGAGGACAGCAGCAGCGAUGGGCUCUCCCCAGAUCAGGCACGAAACGAAGACCCCCACAGCUCAGUGGGGUCCCCGCCAGAUGCUAAAGCCACCGAAGCCUCUGCAGCAGGCUCUCUGGGGACAGUCCAGGAUCUUUCUUCUGGCUCAGAAAAUGACAAGAAUGACUCAGCCUCCCAGCCCAGCCACCAGUCAGAUGCAGGGAAGCAGGGCCUCGGCCCCCUCAACGCCUCUCUCCCUGUGCAUGCUGCUGUGAAGUCCAAGUCCAUGGGUGACAGUAAGAACCGCCACAAGAAACCCAAGGACCCCAAGCCAAAAGUAAAGAAGCUCAAGUAUCACCAGUACAUCCCUCCAGACCAGAAGGCGGAGAAGUCCCCGCCGCCCAUGGACUCAGCCUAUGCCCGGCUGCUCCAGCAGCAGCAGCUCUUCCUGCAGCUCCAGAUCCUCAGCCAGCAGCAGCAGCACCGGUUCAGCUACCCAGGGCUGCACCAAGCCCAGCUCAAAGAACCAAAUGAACAGAUGGCCAGAAAUCUGAACUCUUCCUCAACACCACUGAGCAACAGCCCUCUGUCCCCUGUCAAGAGCAGUUUUCCUGGACAAACUGGUGUCUCUUCUCUCAAGCCAGGCCCACUUCCACCCAACCUGGAUGACCUCAAGGUCUCUGAAUUAAGACAACAGCUUCGAAUACGGGGCUUGCCCGUGUCGGGCACCAAAACAGCACUCAUGGACCGGCUUCGACCCUUCCAGGACUGUUCUGGCAACCCUGUGGCCAACUUUGGGGACAUCACUACCGUCACUUUUCCUGUUACUCCCAACACUCUGCCCAGUUACCAGUCUCCCCCUUCCACCAGUGCCUUGUCCAACGGCUUGUACCACUUCGGCAGCACCAGCUCCAGCCCGCCCAUCUCGCCUGCCUCGUCUGAUCUGUCAGCGGCCGGGUCUUUGCCUGACACCUUCAACGAGGCGUCCCCGUCCUUCGGCCUGCACCCGUCCCCGGUGCACGCUUGCACCGAGGAGAGUCACGUGAGCAGCCUGAAUGGGGGCUCUGGUCCUCCUGAGCUCGAUGGGCUGGACUCUGAGAAGGAUAAGAUGCUGGUGGAGAAGCAGAAGGUGAUCAAUGAACUCACCUGGAAACUGCAGCAAGAGCAGCGGCAGGUGGAAGAGCUGAGGAUGCAACUGCAGAGGCAGAAGAGCAGUCACUGUGCCGAGACAAAGCCGCUGCCCUUCUUGGCCGCCCCCAUUAAGCAGGAAGACGCCAUCUCCAGCUGCCCUUUCACCUCCUCUCAGAUUCACACCAAAGGACAAAGCCACAGCGCUGAGAGUCAACCGCAGGCCUGUGAUGCUGCUCACCUCCUGCCCCUGGGCAACACGCACUGUGUGGAGUCCUCAGGUCAAACCAAUGUCAUUUCUUCCACUUUUCUCAGCCCCCAGUGCUCCCCCCAGCACUCGCCACUCGGAGCUGUGAAGAGCCCACAACACAUCAGUUUGCCGCCCUCGCCCAACAGCCAUUACUUCCUGCCCUCAUCCUCCGGGGCUCAGGGAGAGGGACACAAGGUGUCCUCACCCAGCAGCCAGGUGUGUGCCACACAGAAUUCAGGAGGAUGCGACAGCCAUCCUUCCAACUUCUCUUCCCAGUCUGCUGGCCUCCACACCCCUUUCUCUGGAGCCCAGACAGACAGCAGUCAAGGUGCUGGGGGCAACCCUUACCCCAAAAGCCCAGGCGUACAGCCAAAGAUAACUGGUUUACAUUCUUCUGGUAAAGUGGGGCCAAAAUUUUCAAUUCCAUCUCCAACGUUUUCUAAAUCAAAUUCAACAGUUUCAGAGGUAACACAGCCUCCAUCCUAUGAAGAUGCAGUGAAACAGCAAAUGACCCGGAGCCAGCAAAUGGAUGAACUCCUGGAUGUCCUCAUUGAAAGUGGAGAAAUGCCAGCUGAUGCCAGAGGAGAUCAUGCAUGUCUUCAGAAAGUCCCAAAGAUACCUGGGACUCCCCGUAGCCCUACCAUCAUCCUGCCCAAGCCUCCAGCUUCUUUUGAACCCGCAUCUUCCGGAGGCCAGCUCUCCUUUGAUCACUAUGUCACUGACAGCGAUGAGCACCUAGAAGUCUUAUUAAAUUCCCACAGUCCCUUAGGAAAGGUGAGUGAUGUCACCCUUCUCAAAAUUGGGAGUGAGGAGCCACCUUUUGAUGGGAUCAUGGAUGGCUUUUCUGGGAAGGCAGCUGAAGACAUCUUCAACACACAUGAGAUCCUGCCGGGUCCCCUUUCCCCAAUGCAGACACAGUUCUCACCCUCUUCAGUGGACAGCAGUGGGCUGCAGUUAAGCUUCACUGAGUCUCCUUGGGAAACCAUGGAGUGGCUGGACCUCACCCCACCAAGCUCCACACCAAGCUUCAGCUCCCUCACCACCAGUGGCCCCAGCAUCUUCAACAUUGACUUCCUGGAUGUCACUGAUCUCAAUUUGAAUUCCCCCAUGGACCUUCACUUACAGCAGUGGUAGAAUGCCUGACACCCGAGUGCCAAGGAAAACUAAUGGGAGUUCCGUGGGGGAGAAAACACGGCCAUGUACAUUUACAUUAUCAAAGAAGAAGAUUGAAAAGAAGCAAUGGGGAAGUCUGUGCCAACCAACAAAAGCAAAUAGGAAUAUAUAUAUAUAUAUAUAUAUAUAUAUAUAUAUAUAUAUAGUAUUUACCAACAUUCAAUAACUGUUAAUCAUUUCAGCAAUGCAUUCAAAACUAUGCUUUCUCAGAUUAAGGAUGCCAAAGAAAGUACUUUCUCUGCCUUUUUAAAUACCAACAUUUUUUUCUAGCCCAUACUUUUUCUCAGGCAUUAGUGGGGCAUAAAUUCACACUGUAAGCUCCUGGCAUGACUUUAUUAGACAUGCUGUGGUACAAAAACACUAAAAGUCUUUGGCGAAUACAGGGAAGAUGGUUCUUCAGAGGUUGCAGAGGACAGCCCCAGUGGAGCUCGCUUCCCCUAUCUCCAUCAGUGGUCUUUCAAAGCAGCAGCCAGGUCCGGCUUCAGUUAGGGACCCCUUAAGGCAGAACAGAGGGGCAGAACCAAUGCAUUCCCACAACAGUAAAUUCCAUAUGACGUCCCUCACUGCCCCACCGAGUGGUUCCAGCCCAGGACUUGGUGGUCACUCCCAACAACUAACUUGCAUUGAAUUUAGAAAACUCCACCUAGAACUUUUUUCUUUUCCAACCAGUAGCCCAGACAUUCCCAUCAUCUCCAUUCUGAUAAUAAUUGUGCAAGAGGUGAGAACCUUGAACAGGAAACUUUCCUGCCACAGAAGGAGAUAUCUUGCAUUUUCCAUCACAAUCCCUUUUAAUUCCAAAGACUAGAGAUAAACAGACCAGGAUGUCUCUAGGCAGAAGAAGCUAAAUCAGGGAUAAUUUAGACAAGAGUAGAGAACAACACAGUUUUGCAUAUUCUAGGAAUAAAUGCCAUGUAUUUUUAUUACAGGACUGUUAUGUAUAGAGGUCCAACUUCCUUUGUUUUUUAAUUGUGGAAAGAGAGUGUCCACCUCAACAGAUCAUUCUUCUUCUCUAUUUGUCUUUCAAAAUAGCAAUCCUUUCUUACUCUUCUUUUGACAAUUUUUUUUGUCCCAGUAUUGAGGGGGAGGACUUCUCAGUUCUAACAAACUGCCAUGCUUCUGAUAAAGCCAUGUUUUUUAGAAAGUUGAAAGCCCAUGCUCUCCUGCAGAACUCAUUCCUCACAUCCACAGUUCACUGCAAAAUGAAGUCAUAAGAAAUUCCUUAGGAAGAAACCGGUGACUUGGUUCCUGGGUCAUGAAGCUUGUUCUCUCAUUUGAUUUAUAAGCAAUCUUUGAUUUUUGUUUCUCUGGGGAAAUUGGAAAUAAUUAUAUUGCAGGUUUGUGGUGUUGGAAAUCAUUAUAAAUACAGAUGAUAUUUACUGGAGAGAGUGUAUCUUAGGUCUGGGUAUUAAGAAAGCACAGCUGUACAUUGAAAAAUGAUACAAAAAACAUGACCAUGGUCUAAUGAGCAUUCCUCAUUACCUCUUGUGCCUUGGCAGGGAGUUGUGAAAAAAUUCUAAUUGUAGGACAGUCUCUUUAAGGCUCACUGUGGCUCCAGUUCACCAUUUUAUAAUGUUGCAUGUGUAGAAUGUAGCUAUUGCUGUUUUUGUUUUUAAUUUAACUCACUGAGGCACUGUUUUCUUCUUUAGUAAAAAAAAAAAAAAGUUGUUCACUGUGCACUUAUACAGAAAAUAAUCAAAAAAUGUUGUGAUGUUAGAAGUUCUCUUUCUGAACCAAAAAUUUAGAAAUCAUUCCAUUGUUAUUGUUAGCUUGUAAAAUGUGUGAACAUAGAGUAAUUUUGGUAACUGCUACUCUGAAAGCUGCCAGAUCUUAUUCAGGGGAUGGAUGCAUUGAUCAAUAGACAUGUGCAUGUUGUAAGUGUGUGUACAUGUAAACACAUACAUAUGUAUGCUGACAUAUUCAUGUGUGUGUGCAUGUGUCCUGAAAAUCAGUGUUACAGAGUUCUGUACCAAAACCCUUUAACCCUCAAACUGCUGUGAAUGAUACCUGACCUUUCUCACUAUGAGUUUCUGAUUAGCCAACCAGACUACACCUUGCCUCUCUGUGUAUGACUAAGGGCUGCACAGCCCAGUGACUCACAGCCACUUGUUUGCAAUGAACAGGCUCCUCUUGGCAAUGAUAUGGAUGUGAAACAGCAGAAGGGUUUCACCAUUAGUUUCUGUCAACAGUAACAUAGUCUCUUGCAGAAGAAUUUUAAGAGGAAUAUGAAAAUUGCUUUACAUUCCUUGAUCUGCACUAUGCUAGAAAUGAUCUGCCUGGUAAAUUUUUAUUUUGUGUCUAUGUGAGUCAUCAGAAUCAAAAAGUUAGAGGAAAAAAAUUACCACAAAGAUGAAACAAUGGGGAAGAGACUUUUUUCUUUUUCUUCUUCUUCUU